AUGACUUUCAAAUUACUAAAGCUUGUGAAAGUUGGCUCAAUAGUGGACUUACCUUACGUGCGUGAAAGCUUCAAAGCUGUGAAUAUCCCUUUCAUAGCGCCUUCAAUAACUUCUGCUCCAACAACAACUGCUGCUCCAACAAUAACUGCUGCUCCAACAACAACUGCUGCUCCAACAACAACUGCUGCUCCAACAAUAACUGCUGCUCCAACAACAACUGCUGCUCCAGCAAUAACUUCUGCUCCAACAACAACUGCUGCUCCAACAAUAACUGCUGCUCCAACAACAACUGCUGCUCCAACAACAACUGCUGCUCCAGCAAUAACUUCUGCUCCAACAACAACUGCUGCUCCAGCAAUAACUUCUGCUCCAACAACAACUGCUGCUCCAGCAAUAACUGCUGCUCCAACAACAACUGCUGCUCCAACAACAACUGCUGCUCCAGCAAUAACUGCUGCUCCAACAACAACUGCUGCUCCAACAACAACUGCUGCUCCAACAAUAACUGCUGCUCCAACAACAACUGCUGCUCCAACAACAACUGCUGCUCCAGCAAUAACUUCUGCUCCAACAACAACUGCUGCUCCAGCAAUAACUUCUGCUCCAACAACAACUGCUGCUCCAACAACAACUGCUGCUCCAACAAUAACUGCUGCUAACUGCUGCUCCAACAACAACUGCUGCUCCAACAACAACUGCUGCUCCAACAAUAACUGCUGCUCCAACAACAACUCAAUAACUUCUGCUCCAACAACAACUGCUGCUCCAACAACAACUGCUGCUCCAGCAAUAACUUCUGCUCCAACAACAACUGCUGCUCCAACAAUAACUGCUGCUCCAACAACAACUGCUGCUCCAGCAAUAACUUCUGCUCCAACAACAACUGCUGCUCCAGCAAUAACUUCUGCUCCAACAACAACUGCUGCUCCAACAAUAACUGCUGCUCCAACAACAACUGCUGCUCCAGCAAUAACUUCUGCUCCAGCAAUAACUUCUGCUCCAACAACAACUGCUGCUCCAACAAUAACUGCUGCUCCAACAACAACUGCUGCUCCAGCAAUAACUUCUGCUCCAGCAAUAACUUCUGCUCCAACAACAACUGCUGCUCCAACAAUAACUUCUGCUCCAACAACAACUGCUGCUCCAGCAAUAACUGCUGCUCCAACAAUAACUGCUGCUCCAACAACAACUGCUGCUCCAGCAAUAACUGCUGCUCCGGCAAAGAUGGAGAUUGAUGAAUUAAAUUCAAUUAACUUUACUAAAGAGGACGAGGUCCAGUCUCCUUACGCAGUGUAA